AUGCUUAGAACAUUUUUAGCAGCGUUCGUCCUGGGCGUGCUGCUCGCGCAAAUUGCAGCUGCGAAGCACCCAGCACGCCAUGUGUCCCAGAUGAUUCAAGCGCACUUCAUACGGCAUGGAGUGCGCCUGCCAUCACAUGCAUUUACGAAGGCCUUGAGGGAGGCCGCAAUCGACAUUUCGCACCUCAACUGUCACUCGUCAACCCUUGUCAUUGUGGCCAUGGCCAAUGAAGAGGCUCUGAAGCUCACGGUCCCUCUCUUCCUCCGAAGCCUGAAACGCGUGAAAGUCUCCGGCGGGAAGAACGCCGGGGAGACAUUUGAUGCGCGGCUGGUUGUGGUGGCUUGGUCGCUCGACUCGUUGAAGAUGUGCAUUGAUCUGCAAAGAAACUUCAGCCAUCAAUGCGUCCGAGACGCACAGCACUUUCCCGGCAAAGAAUCCUUUGGAUUCCACAGCGACGGCUUCCACGCGCUUGGCUUCGCCAAAGUCAAGUACAUCCUCAACAGCCUCUCCGCCGGCCAUGACGUGUUGUUUCUGGACGCGGACGUGCAGCUGCUGCGCGACCCGGUGCCGUACAUCUACCAGCGCGAUGGUGACAUGUUCGUCAUGAUGGAGAAGUGCUUGGUGUAUAACGUCAGUCGGCCUAUCACCUUCCGGCGCAGUGAACCUGAUGUGUGGAUACCGCCUCUAAAUAUUGGUUCGCUGUACUUCAAGGCUACGGCGGGAGUUACAAGAUGCGUUUACAACUGGAUUUGGGAUAUGUACGGACAAGUUCCAAAUCGAGCUCACGUCUGGGACCAGGUAGGCAUGUCUGGCGGCAUGUCUGGCGUUACGUCGUCGCAAGCGGUUGUCGGUUAA